AUGCGCUUCUCCAUCACCGCCAUUUCUCUCCUCGCCGCCGUCGGUGCCGCCGCACCCGUCGAAAAGCGCCAGCAGCAGGGCGGCAGCCUGCUCUCCGGCCUCACCAGCCUGCUCGGCAACAUCGGCGGCCACACCGACCCCUCCAGCUACCCGCCCAACUCGGGCGGCUCGGGCGGCAUGGUGGCGGACAUGCAGGUGCUGCCGGACCACUUCAAGUACACGAUGAACCCGCCGAGCGCGGAGGACCCGAUCCCGGCGGCGCAGAACAGCCAGCUUCGCGAGGGGCACCGCCAGGCGCACGUGGCCAUCUACAAGGGACUGGGCGGCAAGCAGUAG